AUGAAUAAACGACAUCUUGAAACUUUCAAAAAUCCUCUUCAAACUGUUCGCCCGUUGACUGUCGAUCCGAAUCGACGAGUAGACAGACGAACAAUUUCUAACGUGAAUAAUAAUGAACAACGACCAAAAACGACUGGCUUAGACAUACGCAAAAAAGUCACGUCGGAAUUUCAUUCGAGCUCAACAUCAACGAACUUUUCAUUUACGAGUGAUGAAGAUUAUGAUACCGAUCUAGAGGAUGAUACAAGUCAAUACCGAGAUCACUCUUGUAUUGGUAUCUAUGAACAUGUUUGUAAACGCGAAAAAUCGAUACCUGUUGGCCAUUACUUGAGACAUUAUACUGAUAGCGAAUUAUCCUUGUGUUUCUAUGGCUUAGGACCGAAAGGAGUGCGAACAUUUAUACCAAGUUUAACAAUGAAUCAACAUAUAACAAAACUUAAUUUGGCAAGUAAUGGACUUGGUGAUGAAGGCGCAAUUUACAUCGCACAUAUACUCCGUGAUAAUACUGCGAUCGUUUCUGUUGAUCUUUCACAAAACUUCAUCGGUAUCGAUGGCGCAAGAGAAAUAUGUGACAUGUUUCGAGAUAAUAUCACAAUCAAUCAUUUGAAACUUGAAGGAAAUCUACUGGACGAUGAAUGUGCUCGACUCUUUGGUGAAUUGAUUUCUGGAAAUGGUCGACUGUAUACAUUGAAUUUAUCAAGGAACAAGUUUGAGUCAAUUAGUGGUACCUACUUCGGUCCAGCUUUGGCGGAAAACACAACGAUGCAAUGUCUGGAUCUCAGUUGGAAUUCAAUCAGUGGCAAAGGUGCUGUUGCAUUGAUAAAAGGCAUUCAAAAAAACGUGUUUCUGCGAACUUUAAAUUUGGAACAUAAUGGUUUAGCCGGUGGUGAAUGUGGUCGUGCUCUCUUCAAUGCUUUAAAAGAGAACACCACAUUGCUUGAGCUUGAUUUGAGUUUCAAUCGCUUGACGACUGAGCCAGCGACAUUUAUCGGCCGUGGUCUGGCUAAGAACGAAAGUCUACAAAAGAUCUAUCUAACCGGAAACCCACUCGAAUCAACCGGAUGUUAUGCUAUUAUCAAACCAUUGAUUGCGAAGAAUGCUAUACCCAACAAACUCGAACUGAUCGAUUUAACAGAAAUCAUGGUCAAUCGUGACUUUCAUGAGCUCUACGAGCAGGUGAAGGAUCGACGUCCUGAUGUGAAUGUUUUGGUUGGAUUGAGACCAUCGAUGUUUCUCAUGAAAAAUAAACCUCAGCGAAUUGUACCGACACCGAUGAAACGGUUACAAAUACUUUUGGAACGGCGACCACAAUUUGAUCUAAAAAGUUUUUUUAUUCUGGCUGCUGGUGGAGAUUCAACAUUGGCUGCUCGAAUUCUCGACCGUAACACAUUAAAACAAGCAAUCGAAGAAAAACUGAAUGCUCGUUUUUCUGACGAAGAUACUGACAGUAUCCUAGAAGAAAUAUCCGAUUGUGAUUCCAAGAAAUUUGUUCAAUUAUUCACUCUUAAACCAUCAACAACAACUAACCUAUCGGCUUGGCGCUACAAAUCUUAG